AUGUUUCCCAAGAACCAUCCGCCUGUAGUUAAUAUUCUCCAGCAGAAUAUCAUCGUACGACAAAUUCCCACCACAUAUAUCGAUGACUCAGACUCUGAGACGGAGGCUGGCUCGGCCCAAGAUGAAAGCGAAGAGCAGGAUAUUGACGAAGAUGACUGUAUGACGGACGAAGACUUUGCUCGAUUUCUCGCCAACUGGAGCGAGGAACAAUCUGUGCGUGCCGAAACACCCGCUACGCAGCCUCUAGAAAUCUCAUUGAGCGAUUAUAACGGUCUGAUGCCUGGGAUGAGCGUCGAAUUGCUAGAAGAUGACUUUCUCCGCAUCACGAAAAUACUGCGGUACAGGACGGGCGAAGUCAAGCUUCGCGGCUAUUACUUUAAAAGGCUUGAUAAUCUGCCAAUUCUCUUCCCGAAAGAGCGGGAUAGGGAGCUUUGUUGGUUGGUGAACGAAGACACGGAGGGUACCGUGAGCUUCGAGCAUGAAGUCGGUGUCAACGAUGUUCAGGACGUGCCAGAUAUUGUUCUGACAAACCGCCCUUGGAAGGACCAAGUUGUUCCUACACCAAGCUCAUACGUUUGCCGGUUCAUUUGGCAUGCUACGCUGGACAAGGGGGAAUGGAUUAUACGCUAUCUGCUUCCUACCGAGUCUGACAGACUUUUCAGGGUAUCAAGCAGUGGCCUACGUCGGGAGUGGAGAGGUCGUACGAUUCCUUACGGCAGCGUCCAGAACACGAAUAGCGCUGAACAUCGACCAAGGAAUCUCCACCCAAAGCUGCAAAGGCAGUAUACAUUUGGGGACGUGUUUUGUGGUGCUGGUGGAGUCUCGCACGGCGCCUGGGAAGCGGGACUGCGCAUCAAAUACGGUGUCGACAUAGACGAGCGCGCUUGUGAGACGUAUUGCAAAAACUUCAUUCAUAGUAUUUGCGAGUACUCUGAUUUUAACAGUUGGCUUACACUUCCAGUCAACGAGGUCAAAGUCGAUAUCAGCCAUAGCUCACCACCAUGCCAGACAUUCAGUCCUGCUCAUACGACAUCGCGGAAUAUAGAGCGGGACGAAGCGAAUUCGUCGCUGAUUUUCACUCCGUGUGAUAUGGUGAAAAAGGUGAAGCCGAGAAUUCACACUCUAGAAGAAACGUUCGGUCUAGCAUCCAGACAUAAAGAGACGUUCUACACCUUAGUCCAGGGUCUAUUAGAAUGCGGGUAUUCUAUUCACAGUAAAGUAGUGUCUUGUGAAAAAUAUGGAAUUCCGCAGAUUCGAAAACGGCUUGUCAUAAUAGCAGCCGGCCCAGGUGAUAAGCUUCCCCAGUUCCCAGCACCGACGCAUGGCCCAGGAUUGAGGCCGUACGUGACGAUCCAGGAUGUCAUUGAUAAAAUCAGCCCAGAUGCGCCAGACCAUAGUCUAGCGAACACGGCAUUCCAAAACUGCGUCGCGAAGGCGCCAUAUGACCCUAACAGUCUCGCAAGGACUAUCACUUGCGGGGGUGGUGAAAGGAAUUAUCACCCUAGCGGGCUGAGAAACUUCACAAUCCGAGAACUGGCCUGUUUGCAAACAUUUCAUCCACAAUACCGUUUCUCAGCGUCAUAUGCGAAAAAGCAGAUCGGAAAUGCGGUGCCACCACGGCUGGCACAAGCAAUUUAUCAAGCUGCCAUCCAGUCGUUGCAAGAAACCGACGAAAGCGAGCUAGCGGAGCCGAUUGUUAUAGAAUGA